GCCCGACUCAGAGUGUGGCCAUACGAUCGACACCAUGGAUACCUGCAGUCGUAUUGAAUUGAUUAGUAUUUCUUAGAUCUGUCGGGUAGGAGCAACGUCCUUCUUUCAAAAACUUUUCGUCUUUAGUCUCGUCGUCGCUCCCUUGCAAUUUUUUUGUUUUUUAGUAUUUUAAUCUUCAUCUAUACUCCGUGCGUUUGCGGAGAUAUCUCGUCGUACGUCACUUUACCGUUGAACUUUCUACGCGAAUCAUGGUCCAAAGCUUCCUCGGAAUCGCCUUGCUCCUGGCAGCCGUACGCGCUCAGGUCUCAACUGUUUCCCUCCUGCUGCUGGACACAGAUCCACAGACGCUCGUCGCAUCCGUCAUUAGCGCAAACCCUUCCACAACCACCUACCUCGUUGGCUGUCCUACUGGUACCGACCAGAACGACUGUGGGUACAAUCCGCCAGAGACCGUCAUCCACGCUGGUAGCGUGUAUGGCGCGUCCGUCACGGCUGGCGAGGAGCAAUUCACCAUGAGCUACGAGUGCACCGUGUACACGACUAGCGGUAGCAGCGCCGUGUGUACGACGAGCGCGGGAGGCGCAUCGGCGAACUUCCCUGGUGUGUCGACGACGACGGUGACGGGCACUGAUGUGUCAUUCCUGCCCGUCACAGUGACAUCCGGCGCAAGUCUGCUGGCGAGCUCGACGGCGGCGAAAGCGACGAGCGAGGCUGCCUCUGCGGGUGCGGGAAGCACGACUUCGCCUAACAGCGCACCCACCGUUGGGGUUGGUAUGGGAAUCGCUGGAUUGGCGGCGGUGGUUGUGGCGCUGUAGGGAAGAGUCGCUGGUUGUCAUUAUCCUCCCAAUUCCGAAGAAGAAGAAGAAGAAGAAGAAGAAGAAGAAGAAGAAGAA